CACACACACACACACACCAAACACAUGCUCUCACACUGACACACACACUCAUAUACACACACUGGCAGGAAUCAAUCUGUCAGUCAAUACCUCAGGAUGUGUCCACAUGAACACACGUUUCAGAUGAUAAAACGGGAACCCUUCAGUUCAAAGGAACAGGCAUUUUAACAAACGAGUCUAAUUUGGCACAUUAUUGUUUCCAUCUCUGUGUAAAAACGGAAGUCUGUUGUUGUUCGCCUUGAAAACUCAGAGACAACAACCAUACUUCCUGUCGACACAGCAAUGUCUUCGUCUCUGCCGCUGCCCUCUUUGCCUCCAAGCCCCCUGGCCAUGGAGUAUCUCAAUGACUUCGACCUGCUAAAGUUUGAAGUGAAGCCUGACACCCCUCCACCUCCUCCAACCUGCCUAUACCCCAAUUCAGGCAUCCAUCAAGAGACGACCGGUUCUCCAUAUGCUCCUCGCCCUCCUCCUGACUCCAGCCUCAGCUCCAGUCCCUACACCUCCCUUCCUCCAUCACCCACGCUCAGUGACGGACACCCGCCACCAUCUGCAUCCUCCUCUUCCUCCUCUCUCUCGUUCCCGCUGUCCAUCUCCACCGGGUACAUGUCAGGCCAGAGCUCCGGCUCUCAAGGAAACCUGGACGGGAGCCCAGCCGCUGGGGGCCCCACGCCGUGUUCAAACCCCACCUCCUUGGAGGACCUGCUUUGGUUGGCUGCACUGCAGCAGCAGUUCGGUGGGGAGCCCGGAGGUGCCGCGUCUCUGCUGGGAGCUCUUGGAGGAGUGCCGGAUCGAGGGGACCGGGAUCGAGGAGGGUUUCUAGGAUGUGAGGAUGCAGUGGAGGCCCUGCUGAACUCUGCUGCAGCCGCUGUAACUUCACAGUUCCCAGUUUUGUCCCAGAGUUCGAGCAGCAGUCACAUGGGUGACUCCAGCAGUGACAGCGGUGUUGAUGUUGUUCUUAACAAGCCGUCAGACAUGUGUCACCGGCCUAUACUGGUCGUUUCUUCCACCCCUCCAUCUCUCAACACAUCCACCAGUCCCUUCUCACAACCCCUCAGUCCACAGAGCCGCCUCCAUCACCCACACUAUCCAAUGCAAGGCCAUUAUCAUCAUCAUCAUCAUCAUCUGCAAGUCACUCAGUGCGGGGUGGAUGAGCAUUUUUCCGAUGAGCAGUUGGUAAGUCUGUCAGUGCGAGAGCUGAACAGACAUUUGCGUGGGGUAAGCAAAGAUGAGGUGGUCCGUUUGAAACAGAAAAGACGGACGCUGAAGAAUCGCGGUUAUGCCCAGUCCUGCCGUUACAAACGACUCCAGCACCGGCACGCGCUUGAGUCCGAGAAGCACAUUCUCACACAGCAGCUGGAGCAGCUGCAAUGUGAGCUGUCUCGCGUGUUAAGAGAGCGAGACACAUACAAAGCUCGUUACGAGAAGCUCAUCAGUUCAAACGAGACUCAGCCUUCCCAUCCCAACACCUCGCCUUCUCCUACUCCUCCGGAUUACUUUUUGUGACAAAAUAAACAUUGUACAGAAGAGAAUUGAAGGAGAGCUGAUUAUUGUGAUGGGUGAAAGUAAUUCAAAAGAGCUGUGACUACAACUCAACUUAAAAUAAGCUAUUAAACCAAAGCAGGUUGAUUGUGAGGUGGACCUGGAUUGUGACAUAAUGGCGUCAUGCUACUGCUGAUGGGAUUGCGUUUUUGCCCAUUGUGAGCUUGUGUAGCAGCAACAUGAUUUCAUUAGCAUUCAUAGGUAUUCAUACACAAAAGGGUUCUAGCAUAUUUUGAGAUUUGGAUCAAAUCAACGUAAUGACAGCAUUUAAAACAUAAAGUAUUUUACGUAUUUAUAGUGAAUGAAUUAAAGGAAUGAAUAGGUGGAUUUUAUUGUUUUUAUAAUAAAUAAGAUUUAUUAAAUAUGUUGGCUAUUUAUUUAUUUAGCACAUUAACAAUUUUUGAAAUUAUAUUGGUUUCAUUAUAUUCUAUAUGAAUCAAUAAAUUGGUAACAUUUUAUAUCUUUGAUGAUUCAGCCAUAGAAAGCCUGCAUAUGACUUAAAGGGUUAGUUCACCCAAAAAUGAAAAUUAGUCCAUAAAUUACUCACCCUCAAGUC